UCCCACAAAGCGCAAUAUGGAGCAUUUCUAUCUCUCCCUUCUCCUACUCUUUGUUUCCUUUGUAACUCUCUCCCUCUUCCUCCUUUUCUACAGGCAUAAGUCCAACUACUCCGCCCCUAACCUCCCUCCAGGCAAGCCCGGCCUUCCCCUCGUCGGCGAGAGCCUCGAGUUCCUGUCCACCGGAUGGAAAGGCCACCCAGAAAAGUUCAUAUUCGACCGCAUAGCCAAGUACUCUUCUCAGGUCUUCAAGACCAAUCUUCUUGGCGAGCCUGCAGCCGUCUUCUGCGGUGCUGCCGGUAACAAGUUCUUGUUUUCUAACGAAAACAAGCUUGUCACUGCAUGGUGGCCAAGCUCCGUCGACAAAAUCUUCCCAUCCUCUUUGCAAACUUCAUCCAAAGAGGAAUCGAAAAAAAUGAGGAAACUCCUCCCUCAGUUCUUGAAACCUGAGGCCUUGCAAAGGUAUAUAGGUAUCAUGGAUACUAUUGCCCAGAGACACUUUGCUUCUGGAUGGGAAAACAAAGAUGAAGUGGUGGUGUUCCCGCUUGCAAAGAGGUUUACCUUUUGGUUAGCUUGUCGUUUGUUUUUGAGUAUCGAGGAUCCCAACCACGUUGCAAAGUUUGAGGCUCCUUUCAAUCUCUUGGCUUCUGGGAUCAUUUCUCUUCCCAUUGAUCUGCCUGGAACCCCAUUUAACCGUGGCAUAAAGGCAUCAAAUUUCAUUAGAAAAGAGCUUUCGAAGAUCAUCAAGCAAAGAAAAGUUGAUCUUGCAGAGGGAAAGGCGUCACCAACUCAAGAUAUACUGUCCCACAUGUUGUUGACGAGUGAUGAGAAUGGACAGUUUAUGAACGAGUUGGAUAUUGCUGACAAGAUCCUUGGAUUAUUGAUUGGAGGACAUGACACGGCCAGCGCCGCCUGCACUUUCAUUGUCAAGUAUCUUGCAGAGCUUCCUCACAUCUAUGAAGAAGUUUACAAGGAACAAAUUGAGAUAGCAAAUUCAAAAGCCCCUGGCGAAUUACUCAAUUGGGACGACAUCCAGAAGAUGAAGUAUUCAUGGAAUGUUGCCUGCGAAGUGAUGAGACUGGCCCCACCGCUACAAGGUGCUUUUAGGGAAGCCAUCAAUGACUUCAUUUUCAAUGGUUUCUCCAUUCCAAAGGGCUGGAAGUUAUAUUGGAGUGCAAACUCAACACAUAGAAACCCCGAAUGCUUCCCGGAACCACUGAAAUUUGACCCGUCAAGGUUUGAAGGAAAUGGGCCAGCUCCUUACACAUUCGUUCCGUUCGGUGGAGGUCCUAGGAUGUGCCCUGGCAAGGAAUAUGCUCGAUUGGAAAUACUUGUUUUCAUGCACAAUCUUGUCAAAAGGUUCAAAUGGGAGAAAUUGCUUCCUGAUGAGAAGAUUAUCGUUGACCCCAUGCCCAUGCCUGCAAAGGGUCUCCCAGUUCACCUUUAUCCUCACAAAGCUUAAAGUGGCUUUACCUCUCGAGCCAACACAUUCGUUAUCUCUCUUGUAGUACAAAAGCAAUUGUAAUUUUUGUUUUUAACUCUUGGGUAAGGAAUAUAUAUUGUGAUUUAAUGCAUAUUUAAUCACAUAAUUUUAUGUGAUAGAGGUUUUUUUUUCA